AUGACGCAGAAUCUCAAGAGAAAGAGGGAAAACCAAUUGGCGUCUCGAAAGACGCGGAAAGUCGAGGAGGAGCCCGACGAUGAAACUGCCUUAGACGUCGAAGAACAUGGCGGGAACUCGGGCGCAGAAGAUGGGCUUUCAGAUUACGGGGACAUGAUAGAAGACGAUGCCGAGGCAGAGUGGGGAGGGGUUACGGGAGGCCAGGCGGACGUUGGGGAGGAGCAUCGCCCAGGUACCAAACCAAAGAAACCACCAACUGGCGAGGAGUUACGAGCGAUAAAAGACGCAGCGGAUUUGUUUAGGUCCGGCUCUUUCAAACUGCAGAUCGACGCAUUAUUGCCCAAUAUUCGCCCCAAAGCGUCCAGAAUACCCCCGCUGGAUCGCAUCCUUCUCUCUCUUCACACAUUCUUAAUGGGAAUACCCUCGGUCUCGCCCCAGCAUCCCCUUGAAGCAGCACGAAAGCUUUUAAAGAAAGGUGUUGCAGUGCCUUACUCGCUACCUCUGCCCACAGAGGACACAAACUGGAAGGUCGCGUUCGACAGCCCAAGCGAUAUCACACUAGCUGGGAGUUGGGCGAAUAAAGUCAGCGUUAAACUAAAGGAUGGAUUGAAGUUUGGUGUCGACCUUGCGGUGGAGAUGCCGAACAGUCUUUUCCAAGAAAAGGACUAUCUUAAUGGGCGAUUCUUCCACAAGCGAUCAUUCUAUCUCGCAACAAUUGCCGCAGCGAUCCAGAACCCCAAGUCAGGCUUCAAUGUGGAGGUUUACUAUGAAUCUUUGCUUGAGGAUGUACGUCUGACGAAGUUGGUCCUCAUUCCAAAAUCCGACGGUCCCCAUACUGAUUUCACAAAGCUCAAUGCUCAAGUAAACAUCAUCCCCGUUCUAUCGCCCUCAUCUCCAAUUCCCCUCCACCGGCUAUCCCCCUCGCACUCAAAUAUCCGCAUAAGCGCAAACGAAGAUGCCAAGCCACCAACACCCCUGUACAACAACGCCCUUCUCCGCUCAUUUACACCAAAAUCGCAUCUGCUGACCACUUACUCGUUGAAGGAGGAAAGCCCGGCUUUCGCAGACGCGUUAACGUUGCUUCGAAUAUGGGCCAACCAACGCGGUUUCAGCGAGGGUUCAAGGUUCUGUGUUCGAGGGUUCGAGGGUUCUGGCCCUUUCUGGGUGGGCCUCUUAGCGUUGCUUAUGAAAGGGGAAGAACCGCGCGCUUCAGACUCAAAAUACACGAAGAGAAGACCGUUGGGGAAGGGUUUAAGUUCCUACCAGUUGUUCAAGGCUGCGUUGGACUGCCUAGCCAAACAUCCCUUCGGCAAAUCACCUCUCUUCGUAAAGGCCAAAGAUGGGCAUCGGUUCCCACCAGAGGAGUACGAAGGCCAUGAAGCUGUGCUGGUCGACUCGGGCUCAUUCGUUAACUUGCUUUCUGGAGUACCGCUGGGCUCCGUCAAACUGCUUCAAUACGAAGCAUCCAAAACUCUGGAGAUCUUGAAUGAGACGACGAUAACGGGAGAUCCUUUCACAGAAGUUUUCCUCAAGGACAAUCGCGAUUUGUCAACCAGAUUUGAUGUUGUUCUUCGCGUCGAUCUUUCGUCUGCUAAGCCUCGCUCUUCGUCUAUCCAAACUACGCUCGACUCGGGAUCGACUUCUACGGCUCUGAUGUCAUCACUUGGCUCUUUGGUCAGUCGAGGUCUCGGAGAUCGCGUCCAAGCUGCCGCAAUCCUUCACCCUUCCCCUGCAGCGCGAUCAGUAUCUCAAGCCCACCCCUUGGUACCCGAUGUUAUCGUCAUCGGUCUUGUCCUUGAUCCUCAAAACGCAUUCCGCCUCGUUGAUCACGGUCCUGCAGCUGACGACGAAGACCAGGUUGCCCUCAACGACUUCCGGGAGCUCUGGGGAGGCAAGUCCGAGCUUCGUCGAUUCAAGGACGGGAGGAUAAUUGAAAGUGUUGUUUGGGAGGUCAAAACAGCCGACGAACGCGCUCACGUCCCAGCAAUGAUUGUUCAACACAUUCUUAAGCGCCAUUUUGGCCUCGAGGAAGACGCGGUUCAAAGCUGGCAGUCCUCUUUUGACUCAGUUCUCCGACUCCCCGAAUCCAUUUCAAGCAAGUACCUUGCUUCGGGUGUUUCAACCGGUUUCAAAGGCGCUAUGACGGCGUUUGACAACUUGGUGAAGGCGAUCAAGGCCUUGGAUGACGAGCUCCCAUUAACCCUCUCCACUGUCAGCCCCACGUCAGAACUUUUGCGGUAUACCAGCGUUUUCAGUCCUGUCCCCCUACCAGCAUCCUUGGCAACGUCAAUGCCACCCUAUACUCGCUAUCUCACUCCCAUCGAUAUCGUUCUCGAAUUCGAGAAGUCAUCCAAGUGGCCUGACGACCUCCGAGCAAUUCAAAAGAUCAAGCUUGCGUUCUUCGAGCGGCUCGCGUCGGUCCUGAUGGAAUCCGUGUCUGGCCUGAAGGCGAACGUAGUGAUUGGUGCUGGCAUGCAGGAGUCCGAUAUUAUCGAUAAAGCGUACCUGGAGAUCGUUACUUCGGAAGGCUGGGCCUUUUCUGCGCGGAUAUGGCACGACCGGGAAGCAACGCUUCUCGAUCGCAUCAUCGAUGACAAGCAAAAAGUCAUGCCGCAUAUCGCGACGACGAAAGAGGUGAAGAAGGGGAAAGACUAUUCUGAGGGUCUUCUGGCCAAGGAGCUGUACAUCAGACGCUUCAUUCACGCUCCCCACCAUCAUCGAGCCAUUGCAGCUCUUUGCCAUAGGUUUACAGCGUUCUCCGGUACCGUUCGUCUUGUCAAGAGAUGGCUCGCAUCGCACUGGCUGCUACAAGGCCACAUCACCGAGGAAGCUGUUGAGAUCAUCUGUGCACACUUCUUCGUCGGGGACGGACGCAAGCUCGCGAUCGAUGCUGACGCUGAGCAAGCUGCGUCGCAUCUGGUCCCGAGUAGUAAAGAACGUGGCUUUGCAACUGUUGUCCAGUUCCUAGCUGAGUGGAAAUGGGAAGAUGGCUUGUUCGUUCAUUUGUACGGGCCCAAGUCGCCGGAAUCAUCCAAGCCCACAGCUAAAGGCCCAACUGAGGGUGUGUGGUCGAUAUCAACGGAGGUUGACAGCGAUGGGCGGAUGUGGACGUCCCAUGGGCCCGACAUGGUGGUUGCUUUCCGAGUCCGAGCUUUGGCGAAGGCAACCUGGGACUACUUGCAAGGGUUGGAACAGGGUCAAUUGAAUGUCCAGUCAAUGUUCAUUCACCCUACAGAUGAUUAUGAUUUCAUCGUCCAGUUAGAUCCCAUGGCGCUGGCACGGUAUCACCACAACGUCGCUGCCGAUCAUAGCUUCCUCAGUAAACAAGGGAAAUACGCUAAUCAGCAGCAAUGGGAAGUCAACGCCGACGUCUUGCCCGGCUUUGACCCAGCUCGGUUCCUGUUCUCAGACCUGCAGCGAAUCUAUGCGGACACUUUCAAAAUAUUCUUUGACCCAUACGGCGGUGAUCGAUUCGGAGGCGUCUGGGACCCUACCUUGAGGCAACCCAGACCGUUUAGAGUUCUCGGCGGGUUUUCAAGCAUUCCAUUUGCAAAGGAAAGCGAUAAAGCGAAGGAGAAAGGUUUGGUUACGCUAAACGAGGAAGCAAUUCUUGGUGAGAUCGAGAGACUGGGGACGGGUCUCAUCAAACGCAUCACAGUCCAGUCGAAAAGCUGA